AUGAGUUUAACUCUUAAUUAAAAAAAUAAUUCGUAUGACCAAGAUAAUCAAUCACCUUUAGGAAUUAAAUAAGAAGAAAUUAUUCCUAUAAAUUUCAAAAAGAACAGGAAAGCUUAGUAUUAUUAAAUGAAGCAUCUACUAAUCAAAAGGCUCUUUAUGGAUUAAGUAUAUAUAUUAUUUUAAAUUAGGUUUAAUUUUAAUUUAUAAGUAAUAAUUCAUUUAAGCAAAAGUAUAAUUAUUUGAACUCUUAUAGGUUAAAUGUAAAUAUAGCAAAGCAGAAAAAACUAUUGAAUUAAAAAGGGGAUGAAUUUCUCAUUAAACUAAAAUUAUUAGAACAAAAAUAGGAAGAUAUAGAAGAUUAGAUUUCAACCUUUGAAAUAUGUUUGGUAUAUAUAUAACCUUUAUCAAGUGA